CCGGCAAUUCUACCUGUGCUACCGGCAGCGUAACAUUUCCGCACAUACAAUGUCAAAGGUUACAUUUAAAAUCACACUUACGUCAGACCCCCGACUGCCGUACAAAGUCUUAUGUGUUCCUGAAAAUACGCCAUUCACAGCAGUCUUGAAGUUUGCAGCAGAAGAAUUCAAAGUACCUGCAGCAACAAGUGCCAUAAUAACAAAUGAUGGAAUUGGGUUAAAUCCAGCACAGACAGCAGGAAAUGUGUUUUUGAAACAUGGAUCAGAACUGCGCCUCAUCCCCAGAGACCGUGUUGGAAGUUGUUAAUGUAGAAUAAAAAACAAAAACAGUCCACUACUAAAUAUGGAGUCCCUUGCAAACAAUAUUUAUUGAGAGACUAAAGUGUUUAUUCAUAGAAUUUGUCUUUUUGGGGGGAGAAAUGCCUGAUCCCCAGAUGGACUCUUUUCCUCUCUUACUUUCAUGGAACUUUCUAGGUAUUUGCGGCUUUGUUAUGGGUUCACAGAACCACCCUUGGGCCCAGAUAUGCAAAGCUGUUUACAGAGUCAUGAAAAUAAUGACAUUAGAGCUCAGUCUCAACAUUAAAAGCCUGUGUUAUUGUUCUUUUUAAUGAUUUAUAUUCCCUUUAGACCUUAGGGAAUAUUCUGUUUCAUUUCAGAUACACAGAGAAAAUGGUUGUAAUUUUGCUUAUUACCAGAACCAGUGAUUCUUAAACAUCCUUUUUUAUGCACUAUAUAUUAGUUGCAGUUUCCCAUUGCCGAGCAUAAACUGUUUUCAUAAAAUAAAUAUUUUAAAACUUC